AUGGCACAAAACGCUACUACAGCACCCAAAAGGGAGGUCAAAUACAUCAACACUGUUGAUGCGUACAACCAAUGGGCAGAGAUAUACGAUACGGAUGGGAAUUUCCUCCAAGCACUGGACACACUGGAGAUGAAGACACUGCUGCCAGAAUUUCUAUCUCUGAACAAGUCUCUAGGCGAGAAGACAAAAUACGUCGAUCUUGGUUGCGGGACUGGAAGAAACACACUACCCCUUGCUCAACAUGCACCAAAGGCAAAUGUCGUUGGCGUGGAUCCGUCUGAGAAGAUGCUUGCGCUGGCGCACAAACGUACCGCAGAUGCCAGCAAUGUUACGCUAGAGAUGUAUGACCUUCUCGGGCCUACCGGACCACCUGCAAGUGCGCUGGAAGCAGAUGGAGUCAUCUCGACGCUGGUGCUGGAGCAUGUGCCGAUGCAGGACUUCUUCAAAGCCGUGACAAGCAUGUUAAAGCCUGGUGGUGCUUUGCUGAUUACGAACAUGCAUUCUGAACUGGGCGGCGUCACUCAGGCUGGAUUUGUCGAUCCGCAGACUGGAGUGAAGGUUAGUGGAACGAGCUAUGCUUACAGUGCAGAAGAGGUUGUUGCGGAGGCUGCAACGUUUGGCCUGGAAUUGGUGGGUGAGAUGAAGGAGGUGAUGGUGGAUGAGAAACUUGCUCCUGUCCUGGGGCCGCGAUCGUCGAAGUAUAUUGGUGUCCGGGUGUGGUUUGGCGGGUGUUUCCAGAGAAAGUGA